AUGCUAGUCACAAGGCUUUUAGCGCUGAACUUUGUUGGCAACCGAACGUCCUCAGUUGCUUUCACCCACGCUAUCUGGUCAUUGGUACACUGUGAGUCCCAGGGACUUGGGUAUUGGGCUGCCAUGCGCGAGGAAGUCGAGAAAGUCUUUGCUUCCGAUGAGUCCGAGGAGGCUACCGAGUCCAAAAAGCAUUAUCAGGGUCAGGGCGCCCGAUGGAUGCGAUGGAAUAAAAGUCACACAGCGCAGAUGAAUUUGAUUGAAAGUUUCCUCAAGGAGAGCCUGCGGUACAAUACUGACACCAAUCUGGAGUGCAAGCGAAUGAUUGUGGACCCUGCGGGGUAUCGCUUCAAGAAUGGCGUGAAUCUCAAGCAGGGUACGGUCAGUGCUAUACCGAUUUGGCAGAUCCACCACGAUCCAGAUCUCUAUCCUCAGCCAGAGGAGUUUGAUGCACGUCGCUUCUACCAAGGCGAUGAUGGGUCUCAAGCUAGGAAGGCAAGCAUCCAGACAACUAGCGAUUACUUCCUUGCCUUUGGUGCAGGCAAACAUGCAUGCCCUGGAAGAUUCUUUGCAUCGCAGCAUCUGAAAUUGCUGAUGGCCUUUAUCGUGAUGAACUACGAGAUUCAGCCUGUGAGCCGCCCGGAUGACGAAUGGUUUGGCUCAAGCCACAUGCCAAAUAUGGCGGCUGGAUUGACCAUAAGAGCGAGACAGUGUUGA